AUGAGCAACGCCGCCAUCGCCUCCACCACCAUUCUCGUCCCCGAAGUCAUCGACCUGACACUCCUCGACUCACCACUCCACCCGCACGCCGCCACCAAGCCACUGCUAGCGUCGAGGGCGCCGCCGGCGACGGCAGCAGCCAGACCUGCUGCUAUCCUACCAUGGCCGUCACCACCGUCGGCGCCGCGGCGACGGCACGAAUCCGGGAACGAGCAUGCUGACCGUGCUGCCCAGAAACCGCCCCCCAGCAAGAGGAGACGCGUCGACGGCGGCGUCUUAAGCACUAGCGGCGGGAACGGAAACGCCGGCGCGAAAGACGUGAACGGCAUGUACGGCGUCGAGAACACGGUCUCGGGAAUCAGCCAUGUCAAGAGCAAGGUUCUCAACGCCAAGGUUGCCGGUGCCGCCUCUGCGCGAAAGGAGCCGCCAAGGCCCCGUCGACCGUAUAAGGAUUGCUUGACGGCUCAGGUGCUCCCCCACGUGGUCAGGGAGGUGUACGCGCUGUCGCCUGUGACUGCGUACCGGCUCGACGAGCUUGCUCAGGAUAAAUACAAAGUUACUGCUGGUGUCAAGUCGGACACACAGGAGGAUCUCAGGCCGGAGCCAAUGAUCACGGCGACGACUGCGAGCCUGACUAUGAGUGCGCCGGAAGUAGAAGAAAAAGAGGGGCGUAAGGAUGAGCUGAGCAGACAAGUCAACGGGUCCGAGAACCUCUGGUUCAAAAGAGGUCCACGACCCUACAUCAUGGCCCAGGAGCGGGAGCACAUCCGCAGGGGCGUGUCGCGGCUCAAACGUGCUCCGGCCAAGGCCAUACAGCAACCAGUCGUGUACCACGUCGACUUUACGUCGGACGAAGUCACCCAGAUUGUCACGUAUCUCAACAAGCUGCACCGAUACGAUCGGCCGCGCACGCUGGACGCGCUACGCCUCUACGUGCGAGAGAAUGCGCCCGUCUCCGUCAUCGUGGGCGACCAGGUCCCCGGUCGUACUAGCGAAGAUAUUCGCAAGUUCUGCUCCGAUAUACUGGCUGGCAGGGCGUCGUACCCUGAUAGGCUGCGCGUCCUCUCGUUCGGACCGGAGGAGCAGGGGAACGAACGGCCGGCCGGUGGUGAGUCGGACGGAGACAUUGAGUAUCGGCAGGGGCCGCGCGUGUCCGCGCUCCUCCUCGCCCGGGAGCUGGAAGGCAACCGGGGGUUCGGACGCAUGCGGGGCUACGAGAACUUUCAGAACGAAUUCCCCCGGAGCCUGGAGGACGACCUAGGUAUCGUAGCCGAGUUCACCAACUGCGCCGGUGACGUCUCCACCAUAUCCUGGGUGUCGGGCGGCGACAUCGUCUGCGGCACCACGACGCAUUCGGACAGCCACAACCAGCAGUACAACAAGCCUGGGAAUCUGCUGCUCGGGUCUCUAGCGUGCGGGAGGCUCCAGGCGUACCCCGACCACCGCAUACCCCGGCCGCUGGUGGAGAAGGGGGAGAACUCGACCGAGGCCAUGCGCCAGAGUCAGGACAGGUGGCUAUACUCUUCGGUCGUGUCGUCCGACUACGACCCUGUCCACAAGCGCAUCUAUACGUCGAGCUUUGACGGCACCGUCAAGGUUUGGACGGUCGAGGAUGACGACGACGAUGAUCCGGGCGGUGACGUCUCCCCCAAGAAGCCUAGCGGUAAGCACAUGGUGCUCCUGGCCACGUGGAAGCACGACGGUAAUGUCAACUUCGUCGUCGCCGCCAAGGACGGGUCGGGCCGUGUCGCAUCGGCGGCAGACACGCCCACGCAGGCCGUCCGCAUCUACACGGUGAACCCGGACAACAUCGCCGAGAGCCCGUACGAGGCCCUGUCGUGCUCGCGCAAAGACGCCGACGGCACGGACACGUGGGCAUACCAGCCGGCAGCGCUGCGGUGGGGCCUGGCGCCGGGGACGCAGCACAUGCUGGCGGUGGGCUACUCGCCGCGCAGCGCGAGCGGAGACGACCUGGACAUACCGGAGGAGAAGCGGGAUUCUGGAGAGAUCGUGUUGUGGGACGCCGACGCGCGGCGCCGGAUCGCCAUAGCGAAUGUGACGACGGCUAACGUGUUCGAGAUCGCAUGGCACCCGACGCUGCCGCGCUUCAUCUGCGCGACGUCGCCGUGCGGCAACAUGAUGGAGCACGGGACGCAGACGCAGAUCCACGAGUUCCGGCAGGACCGGGGGCGGCAGGACCCGCCGGCCUUCACUGUGUACCAGUCGCUCGACUGCGCGGCCAAGGACGUCAACGAGCUGACUUACGUGCCCAACUCGGCGUGGCACGCGUACGUGACGGCGGCGUGCACCGACGGCAGAGUGUACGUGUGGGACACAGCUCAGCCCGACGCCCCGCUGCACGUGCUGCAGCACGGCUCCUCGCUCGACGGCUUCGACAAGGACCGCGAGGACCGCGACACGGGCGUCAAGUUCACCGCCUGGGGCGCCAGCCUAGACAGACUGUACACGGGCUCUAGCGACGGCGUAGUCAAGGUGUGGAACGUGCGCCACGCGCGGCGCCCCCUGGUCAGGACCCUGCUCGAGGCCCCGGCCCCGAUCUCCAGCGGCGCCUUCUCCCCCGACCUGUCGCGGCUGGCCAUCGGCGACGCCACCGGCCGCGUCUUCAUCCUCUCCACCAACAGGGCCGACGAGCCGGCAUCGCACCGUCUCGCCGUACCCGGCCCCCCCGCGCCCCCGGGCGUGCCGCACCACCGCGUCAGCCGUCGACGUCGACGUCGACCCGUCCCCUUCACGCCCCACCGGGAACCCGACCCGCCACCCCCACUCCCCGGCGCCGCGGCAGGCGAUCUCGGCGACCCGGACAGCAUAGCCGUCUACGCGAGGGACACGUACCUCUCACCCCGCCGCCUCGUCCCCACGGGCAACCCGGUCGUAGGCAUGGUCCAGGGUCCCAACUACGCCUCCACGGGACUCUACUGCCGCGAGGCCCACGAGGACGACGACCCGGCCCGUCCGCUCCUGUCGCACUGGGAUCGCAUGCAGCGUCGCAGCGUCAUGGCAGACAGGGGUCCCGGACGUCGUGCCAUGCGGAGGUUGCGUCCCCAACAGCAGCAGCAGCAGCAGCAGGAUGUACGUGAGCGAGAGCGAGAGCGUGAGCGUGCAGAGCAGCACUCGAGGAAUAUGUCGAAGGACUUUUCAACGCGUGACAUGGCGCCUGACGAUGUUGCCGAGCUGGUGCGUGAGGGGGCCAUGCUCUCCCUUGACGGGGAAGAGGAGUGGGCCUUUGAUACCGCUGACGACUGGGACGAGGCGUGA